CGAAGAACGAAAGUAGAAACUUUCAAAGAAUAAAACAAAGUUUGCUUAUUCACCACCCGUUGACAUUGGAACAAUAGAAUUGUGAAUUGAAAUUUCGUGUAUAUUUUGAAGAGUAUCAGAAGCAAAAACUAGUUAUCGAAGCAAUGGAUAAUACUUACUUAUGGAUUGUUGUAUUGGGAUUCAUAAUAGCUUUCAUAUUAGCUCUUGGCCUUGGAGCGAACGAUGUUGCCAAUUCAUUUGGUACUUCGGUUGGUUCAAAAGUACUCACAUUGAGAAAUGCUUGCAUUGUUGCUACGAUAUGUGAGACAGCAGGUGCUGUUCUUGCUGGGGGGAAGGUAACAGAUACAAUUCGAAGUGAAAUUGUUGACAUUGAUCACUCUGGUAAUGACACUGAAUGUAAUGCAUUAAUUGGCUCACUCAGUGCCUUAUGUGGUGGAGCUUUGUGGUUGAUAACUGCUACAAUUUUUAAACUUCCUGUAUCAUCAACACAUAGUAUUGUUGGUGCCAUGAUGGGUUUUGGUAUUGUUGCUUAUGGUGCUGAGGCAAUAAAGUGGAAAGAGUUUGCUAAAAUUGUUUCCUCGUGGGUAAUAUCUCCUCUGAUGUCUGGUCUCAUCAGCUCAUGUUUUUAUGUGAUAUUGCAAUAUUUUGUUUUAAAAAAGAAUGAUUCUUAUCAUGCUGCGUUAAAAGCCUUGCCUGUAAUCUACUUCAUCGUUAUAUCAAUCAAUGUGUUUGCUAUUUUUUAUGAUGGUUCACAUGUGUUGCAUUUCAACAAGAUACCUCUUUAUGGUUGUUUCAUACUUAGUUUUGGCAUAGGAACCAUUGUUGCAUUGUUGAUUGCAUUUUUGUUUGUGCCUUAUAUGAAGCAAAAAAUAGAUGGAGAAUUUGAGAUGGCAGAAAGCAAUUCUAAAUCUUUAAAUGAAGGAAAUCUUGCUAGUGAAGAAGUUGGGGUAAAAGAAAAAACAAGAUUACUAAAAGAUCCUGGCAAAGAUAAUUCUACAUCAAUGUUAUAUAGCGAAGGACCAUCAAUUCAAGAAGCAGCUUUGACUUCAGAACAUUCGUCAUCGCAAACUGGACGCAAUAUUAUUGCAGAUGAGCCAAAAACCUCUCGACUAUUGGCAUACGUUCAAAUUUUAACUGCCUCAUCUGCAUCUUUUGCACAUGGUAGUAAUGACGUGAGUAAUGCAAUUGGACCACUGGUAACACUAUGGUUAACAUAUCGUCAUGGCAACGCGAACACUGAGUAUUCUACACCUUUAUGGAUAUUAUUUUAUGGCGGUGCUGGUAUCUCUAUUGGUUUAUUGAUAUGGGGACGACGUGUUAUAGAAACUGUUGGAGAGAAUUUAUCCACAAUUACUCCAUCAAGUGGAUUGAUCAUAGAAUUUGGAACUGUUUGUACAGUUUUAUUUGCAUCUAAUCUCGGCAUUCCUAUCAGUACAACUCAUUGUUUGGUUGGUGCUAUAAUUAUGGUUGGCUUAGUAAGAUCUAGACAUGCCACAGAUUGGAGAGUUUUCAUUAACAUUGUUGUGGCUUGGCUUGUCACUGUUCCUGCUUCAGGUUUGUUUUCUGCUGGAAUCUAUGCUUUAUUGAGUCACAUCGUGUGAUGGGUAAAAAAGUGUUCAAUGUUGUUAAAAGUUAUUUGUAAUGAAAAAUGUUUUAAUGAUUAUUUUUGUUCAAUAAAUUAGAAUUCGUUCAUGUA